AUGACAGGCGAUAUCGUAAUGAUUCCGCUUCAACAUUGCGACGAUCUUCGGACGAUGCCGAAUGACACUGUCAACAACGUUCCUCUCUUGGAAGCCGUUCGUGAAUUUUCUCUCGCUGUCAUCUCCGGCCGCGUCUUCAUUGGCCCCGAGCUUUGCCGCAAAGAAGAGUAUCUAGAGGCCAGCACUAUGUUUGUCGUCGACCUCUUCCAGGCAGUGGCCAAGAUAAAGAGACGCCGCGCUGCCCAAGUCCUGAUCCUAGUCAUUGAAGCACGCAAAAGAUUGCACAAAGAAGUUACCGAGGUACCAGAGGACAUGCUGCAAUGGUUCAUUGUCAAAUCUAGCAAGUUUGGCAUGGGCAAGAAUGAGCAGCUCGCCGAAACGCAGCUCAGCAUGAGCGCCGUUGCUAUCCACACCACCACAACGGCAGCCACGCAUACCUUAAUCAGCUUCAUGCGAACUAUCACAAAACCAGUGACGCUUAAAGAUGGCACUCAGCUCCUACCUGGCACCAACAUCGCGGUGCCCAUGGUCGGCCCACUACAAGACAAUCUUUACUACACUGAAUCAGCCCAAGUCGAUCCCUACCGCUUCGUGUCCAUCCGCAGCGAGGCCCGCAGCGAUCCGUUACAGUAUGCAAACAAGGAACAGUAUCAAUUCGUGUCAUCGACCAAGGAGAACAUGGCCUUUGGCUUUGGCCGCCACGCGUGUCCAGGCCGCUUUUUUGCUGCUACAGAGAUUAAGAUGCUCAUUGCAAGACUUCUUUUGGAAUACGACAUUCGAAUGCCAGAAGGUGUCAUGGAGCGGUAUAAGAAUAUCGUGAGAGGCGACAGAUCGAACCGGAUCAUACGAAGACGAUUAUGUUAA